AUGGCUUCUUGUAUAGUGCUUUCUUCAUUUGGAUUCUCUGCCUCGAGCGUCUCGCGGAGAAACCCUAUCGCGCGGGCGAUCGCGUCGCCCAGCCGGCGCCAGGUGAUCGCAUUCCAUCUCGGCCUUGGUCUGUGCUGCCGCGGAGGAUUGGAGCUAGGCGCCGCCGUAGCAGCUGACGGAUCGACAGGCCGUGUCGCAGCGAUGAUUCCACCGGUAGCGCCUCGGCUCAAGCAGGAAUUCGAGCUCUUUGGCGAUUCUCGGGAGGAUUUCUACUUCUGGCUUAGGGAUGACAAGCGCGCGGAUCAAAAGGUACUGGCUCAUCUCAAGGCCGAGAAUGCGUACACGGAGCAAGUCAUGGCAGACACGAAGAAGUUCGAGGAAGAAAUCUUCGCGGAGAUGAAAGGGAGAAUCAAAGAGGAUGAUACGAGUGUCCCUGUGAGAGAUGGGCCUUACUUCUACUAUGAGAAGGAAUUGGAAGGUAAGCAGUACAAAGUCCACUGCCGGAGGAAAAUUCCUGGAGGUGAAGGCCCGGGCUCGAUUGACGAGAUCAUGGACGAUGCUCAAGAGGAGGAAGUUCUUCUAGACGAGAACGAGAAAGCUGCCUCUCACAAGUUCUACAUUGUGGGGGAUGUCCAAGUGAGUCCAGACCACACGAGAUUGGCUUACACCGAAGACACUGUGGGGGAUGAGAUUUUUAGCAUCUACGUCGUGGACAUUGCGAGCAAACAGCUGCUGGGACCUGUUCUUAAGGGUGCUGUCGAAGAUAUCAAAUGGAUUGACAACGAGUCGAUAGCUUACGUGACUCAGGAUGAUAUUCAUCGCCCUUACAAGGCUUGGUAUCACAAGAUUGGAAAUGAACAAUCGGAGGACGUUUGUCUCUACCACGAAGAAGAUGAGACGUGCUUUCUGGACAUGGGUUCGUCGGAAAGCAAAGAGUAUACGUUUGUGCACUCCGGGACUAAGACGACGUCUUUUGUUCUCUAUCUGGAGAACAAGAGUCCGGUGAAGGAGUUGAAGUACUUGACACCACGCGUUGAAGGUGUUGAUACGAGUGCAAGUCAUAGAGGAGAGCACUUCUUUAUCACCAAGAGGACGGAUGAUACUUACAACUCCGAGCUUUAUGUGUGUCCUGUCAAUGACGUUUCGUCCACAACGCUGGUACUCCCUCACCGACCGAGUGUUAAACUUGAGGAGGUUCAGGCUGCAAGGGAUCAUCUGGUAGUCUAUGAACGGGAAAAUGCCUUGCAGUCCAUCACAGUUUUCAAACUACCUCCGGCAGGAGAGCCGAUCACUAGCCUGGAUCAAGGUGUACGGAUAAAGUUUCCAGAGGCUGCGUAUGCGUUGUCGCCAAAGGAAUUUCAGUUCAACUCACCGAUUCUACGGUACCAGUAUUCCUCCUUGUCAACACCUUUUUCUGUUUAUGACUAUGACAUGGAAACUGGAAAGUCGAUGCUGAAAAAGAGGCAGGAGGUUCUUGGCGGCUUCCAGCCUGAGAAAUAUGUAACACUACGCAAAUGGGCAACUGCACAAGAUGGCACGCAGGUGCCGAUUUCUAUGGUUUAUCGAAAGGACCUUGCAAAACUAGACGGCUCUGAUCCACUUUUGCUUUAUGGAUAUGGUUCCUAUGAGGUCUGCAUUGACCCUGAUUUCAGAAUGAAUAGGUUGUCACUAAUAGACCGUGGUGUAACCUUUGCAAUCGCUCACAUUCGAGGCGGGGGCGAAUUGGGAAGGAAAUGGUACGAAGACGGAAAGCUGACUAAAAAGAUGAACACAUUCGAGGACUUCAUUUUCUGCGGCGAGUACCUCAUUGCAAACAAGUUUUGUGCCAAAGACAAGCUUUGCAUUCAGGGGAGAAGUGCGGGUGGUCUUCUCAUCGGCGCGGCUCUCACCAUGAGACCAGAUCUGUACAGAUGCGCAGUCGCGGAGGUGCCUUUCGUAGAUGUUCUAACAACAAUGCUGGACUCGUCGAUUCCUUUGACUACUGCUGAGUGGGAGGAAUGGGGAGAUCCACGUAAAAAGGAUGAUUAUUUGUACAUGAAAUCCUACUCCCCAGUUGACAAUGUCUUGCCUCGUGAGUAUCCAGAUAUUCUUGUAACCGGAGGACUUCAUGACUCGCGAGUUGCCUACUGGGAGCCUGCAAAGUUCGUCGCCAAGCUGAGAGAAAACAAGACGGACAAGAAUCUAUUGCUGUUCAAGUGUGAUUUUGGAGCUGGACACUCCUCGAUGUCUGGAAGAUUUGACAAACUCAAGGAUCUGGCGCUUUCUUAUACGUUCAUUUUGAGAAGCUUGGGCCUGGCGACCAGGAGCACUUCUUCUCUAUAGGUAUUCUGCCACUUUUGAUGGGUAAAACGAUUUUCGUUACAAUCAAUGGCACUAAAAGCCAAUUUUUCUUGC